AUGACUGCAAUAUGUUUCGUUUGCAACCUUCCGAUCCUCUCCCACCAAGUGGGCUUGGUUUGGGCGGGCGGCAACGGCUGGGACGAGCUCACUCGCUCCACGCUAGAAGAAACUACGUUAAGGCAGAGACUUGGCAGCCGACGGGACUCCGCUGCGCAGGUCUCAUGUCUUUCACCCCCGGAGCCCGAUGUAGCAGACCAGCCAAGAGGUGGACCUCGUCGACGCCGGUCCUCAUUAGCUCAACUAACAGAUAUCCUAAGAGAAUGGGGCGGCGGUGGAAGCAAUGCUCCAAGAAGACAAAGAGCACCAUUGUCUAGAAGAGAAACAUUGGCUGAUCUAGCUAGAUCCCUUCCUUGGGCCCGCCAUGAACCACCACCGCGUCGAAGAAGAGAUUCCUCUGCCGACUCCGGCAUUAAAUCGAUGGCUUCCAAACGCCGCGACUCGAAAGCAGCUAACCAAGAUUUCCGCUCUGACUACCCACACUAUUUUGAAAGAAAAGAUUCGACUACAAUUAUCCCGUCCAGAGAAAGGCGAAUCAAGAGACGCGGUUCCGGAGACGAUAAAGAACGCAGAGACUCUAUGGAUGGACAUCGACAUCGGCGUGAUUCUGUAGUAGCCCCACCACCAAGAAUAGUGGCUACACAUAAGAAAAGAAGGGCAUCUCCACCGAUUCAGGCACCACCUUCCUUUGUUGAUGCUUCUUCAGAUCCUGGACCUUCACAUCCACCAUCAGUAACUGUUGUAACAGUUCACGAACCGAGUCGAUCUGAUGGCGAGUGCCCACCUAUGUCAAUGCCAACUAUAAUAACUUCAGCAGUCACACCUUCACCCACCUCGCCAACUGUUCCCAGUAAUAAUACUGUCUCGACUCAACCGUCUCCUACGGCUUCAAGUAAUCAAACGACUCAAGGAACCCAAGAAAGUCAAACUAUACAAACUACAUCUGGCGCGAGAACCCCAAGUUUAGGCGGACGCCGUGACUCUACUACACAGUGCGGUCGUACAAGAAGAGAUUCACGGGCCGCAGCUAGCCCAGAAAGACGCCUUGGUAGAUUACAAAGACAGGCUACUGCAUUUGAUGACCCGACCGGCCCACCAGGAACAAGAAGACCGUCUCUAGAGCCAGAAGACGCGAGUCGAGCGAGACGGGACUCCCUCAGUCCAGAUUCGGCGGCGAGAUCUAGACGCGAAAGAAAUCAACUCAGUCCAGACCGGGCAGGUGGAGGAGAACUGAGUCCGUCAGCAGCACGACGUCGUAGUCGAUUAAGGAGACAAGCAUCUUGUGCCAGAAUGGGUAGAGCUAGAAGUCCGGAGUCGAGUUCUUGCUCAAGCCGCGAUCCGAGCCCUUGUGCCAGACCACCCGAAAGAACAAUUUUCAGAAGACAAUCAACAACAGAAGAGAUAUUAAUCGCUAGAGGAUUUAGGCGGCAGUCAACCACUGAAGAAAUGAUUCGUUGUAGAAAUUUUAGGCGGCAAAGUUCACAAAGCGAUGACGCGUGUAUGCGAGCUAGAGGACGCCGCGAUUCGUCAACUCAGAUUUUAGACGGAACGAUCGGAACAAUGACAGUGGAAACGACUAGCACUUUCUUUGACUCAAGUACUCAAACAGAGCCUUCUCCUUUAUAUGACAACAAUCAUUACCACGAGGAAUGUCUGCGGUGCAACUCAUGCGGCUUAAAUCUCACUGGACCAAAUCAGAAACGUGCAAGACGUUUCAAGAACCAGAUCCUGUGCGACCUGCACUUCGCAGACGUCGCUCUGAUGGAGUGCAGUGACUUCAUGCAACAGCUUCGCAGCUUCAAACCGCAGUCCCUGGGCUGCGCCGUUGCCAGGCGGAAGUCUUCGACGACACUCAUUUUCCCUCUACCGCCGCAAGCAUGUUCAGAUGAGUUCUGCGAGGAAUACCCACAUAACCUGAUCCCUACUCCGGGCUACUGGAUAGAGUGUUCGCGACAGAAGAUCGCUACAGAUACAAUUUGGGAUGAGUCCGAGUCAGAACACGAUAGCGGACCGGACGGGGAUAAUGAAAACGAUCGGCAUAGAAGAUCCGGCUCGCUCGACGAAGCCGCGGAAGACAGUAGCGACAAUGGCGGUAGCACGCCAAAAAAGAAAACGGCCAUCGAAGAACAAUGGGAGAGGUCGGGAGGCUUCGAAUUGACCUCGGUGGAACAGGAAACCUACGAAAAGUACUUCUACGGAACGGAACAUUGGAAUUACUUCACAAACGACGAAGACCUAGGUCCUGUGAUAUUGUCUAUAAAACAAGAGACUCUCAACGCGAGGGAUCAGUUUAGGAUUUUAGUUCGAGCGAUAAGCUACACAGUACACGGUUUGAUCCCGGCGUCCUGUGUGUUUGCCGACCGUUACAAUCGCGAGGAGGUAGUGAGAUCACUCGGCAAAGAGGUGAACAUCAACCCUCCUCUUAUGCUGGGACAGCUGCCUGACACACCUGAAGAAUUGUUGAAACUCGAUCAGGUGUUCAUCAAGUCGGAAUUAAAAGUUGGAGUUAUAUACGUCAAAGAGAAUCAGUACACUGAAGAAGAGAUUUUAGAUAACAAUGAAAAUUCACCGCUAUUCGAAGAAUUCCUUCAAGUUAUGGGCGAAAAGGUGCGGCUCAAAGGUUUCGAUAGAUAUAAAGGCGGUUUAGAUACAGUACACGACCUGACCGGAUUAUACUCUGUAUAUACAAACUGGAGAAGCAUAGAGAUCAUGUUUCAUGUAUCCACACUGCUUCCCUACGAGAGACACGACCCGCAAAAGCUACAGAGGAAACGGCAUAUAGGCAACGAUAUAGUCUGCGUAGUGUUCCUCGAAGCUGAUAAUACAGCCUUUUCGCCGGCUUGCAUCAAAAGCCACUUUUUGCACACCUUUAUUUUGGUGAGGGUAUCCGCGAAAAUCAAAAGGCGCCCAACGAGGUAUGAAGUGUCGGUCGUGACCCGAGAUGAGGUUGGCGCCUACAAGCCUUACUUAUGGGAGCAGAGUGUCUUCGACAAAGGACCCAUGUUCCGGGAAUGGUUGUUAACAAAAAUUGUGAAUGGUGAACGAGCAUCUUAUUCAGCUCCAAAGUUCGCAAGGAUGCAAGAACGCACUCGAAGCCAAAUGUUAGAGGAUAUUGUUGCUAAUCUGCAGAACCACGCUGAAACAGGACAGAUACCCAAACCUUAUCGACGAGGAUCAUGGCGACCGAUCGGCCACAUGCGUCCAUCAUCACCUCUACUUGACUCCGUACGAGACCAAUUUGAAGACUACGACCAAUUAGCUAAAGACUUCACAAGAGUUUUCCUUAAUAAUGAGCUAAACACUGCACAAAACGCACAAUUAUUCGAUGUUGUUUUUCUAGUUGGACAGUCAAAACAAAAAACUCGCUUUAUUGGCGUAAGAGCGAUAUUGGGUGUAAGGAGUAGGGUAUUUCAAGAGAUGUUAUAUGGUAUCCAAACGGGAUUUGGUUCACCUCAAGUGCCGGUUGCAGAGUUGUUAGCCCGACCUGCACCAACACUGUUGUCUCCAACACCAGCGAAGCAAAAAAGCAGUAAUUUCCUUCAAGUGCCAGAUAUAGAAUCUCCGAGGCCCAAAAGUGUACCCAGUUCACCAAUGGUGAAACGAGCCUUUUCUCGUUUAGGAACUAUUACUGCUGGUUGGGGACGAUCGAUACGAAAACAGCAUUCGCACCUCAACGCAGACGACAAGAAGAAAUGGGCUAGUUCACAGGAUUGUUCCAAUAAAGAAAGUAAAGAGAAGGAAAAGGAGAAAAACGCUUCGCUGGCCGUACCAAGAUUGUCGGUGUGUGCUGAUGCCCAGAAAGUUGAUCGCGCUAAACUAGCACAAACCGAGUUCUCAAUAAUCGAAUUUGAUCCGGAGACAUUUCGUAUACUCCUAGACUACUUGCAUACGGGUAGUUGUCCUCUCACAUGCGCGUCCAUACCAGGCCUCAUAUGUGCAGCGGAACAUUAUGAUUUACCCGAGCUUCUACAAGCCUGCUUCCAUCACGCCAAACAAUUUUUAAGGAUAGAAGUGGUGUGUACGAUGUUAAUAUCGCUCGAGAACUACUACUGGCGAUACACCUCGGCCUCAGAACUCGUGAAUAUGAUUCUUGCAUUCAUCGAGCAACGAGCCUACGCACUGUUCCAAACAGCCGAAUUCCUAAAUCUCUCUGAAUCGAUGGUUCAAAUGAUCAUGUGUAGAAAUCUCGAAGUGCCCGAGGUGAGAAAAUUCGAAGCGAUGCUCAGUUGGGCGAAGAACAAAAUCAAGUCCAAAUCUGCAAAUAAGACUGACGCCAAGAAUGAAUUUAAGUGUAUCAUGGAAAGGCUGGCGAGAGAUCUGAAACUGUACCGAAUAUCACCUCAAGAGUUGAUAAAAGUGGUGCUCCCCUCGAAAGCCAUUAAGAACGAACGCAUUCUAGAAACCCUCAUGUACCAGGCCAACUCUGGAAUGUACAGGAUCCAAGAAGAUUACAUUGAGGCUUGUCAACAGCGUAUUCAAAAGCAAGAUUCUAGAUUUUCCGAAUUCGAAAGUUUUGACUAUGGCAUAUAA